UGGCGUUGCGCGUCCUUCAGUGCGCCCGGUGCUGCAGGGAGUCUUGUUGUUGUAGCAGCAGCAGCAGCGGAGUUUCUGUGCUUCCCUCUGGUUUUAUGGAGUGACAGGAGCAAACAGCAGCGGAGAUCCACCCCGAGAGGCUUCGACCUGUCACUCGACUCCGGUAGAGAUGCCGGCUCCGAGUUCAUCAGAGAGAAAGGCCUGCUGGGAUGCCAGGGACCUGCUGUGGAAAUGUCUGGAUGACAAGGACGACAAAGCUGCAGCCUGCCAGAACUUCCAGAGCGAAUUUGAGGCGAAAUGCCCCGCUCAGUGGGUGAAAUAUUUCUCAAAGAGGAGAGACUACUUGAAAUACAAGGAUAAGAUGCAAAAGGAAGGCUUCACACCUGCCCAAGGCCCCCGACAGCCCUCCUAACAACUGGAGAGCAGACGGUGAAAAUCUGCAGACUGAAUGGCUUUUAGCCUCAUUCACACACGUUCAGGACUGGGGGAGCAGUUUUGUUAUUUAUUUGUAUAGAGAAAUAAGGUGCAGCGGGACAGCAUACAGAAAAAUAACUCUAAAUGAAAGCGACGUGUGGCAUCACUGUCACUGAGAUAUAAUGUAUGAAAGGAAACCACAGGAAAGGAAGAGGGAAAAGAUCCACAAUUAAUUCUGAGAAUUAAUCUGAAAAUGAUUUGUUAUUUUGUCUGGGUGGACAUACUUAAAAUUUUAAAUUAGGGAAAGUAAUACUUCUGAUAAAUGCACGCCUUAAAUAUAUCUAGAUGUACAGUACACACUCAUACUGGAUCUGUGUCAGCACUCAUCCUAAUACAGAACAUGAUUUUUCUGUGAUUGAAACCAAAACUCCAGAGGAGAGUGUUGUUCUGUUGUUUGGGUUGAAGUUUUUGUGAAGUCAAAUACAUACUUAGCCUUAAUAAUUACUGAUCAAGGUUUUUAUUCCAGGACAGUGUAAAAUCUGAUGUGUUUUUCUGUGAAUAAAUAAAAAGAAACUCAUUGUUUGAUG